AUGCAGGAGGCGCGCUCGCAAAUGACCCUAAGUACACUCUCCCAGUUUACCCCCCAUCGCACCUACAACCACAGGGAGCCGCAAGGAUUCCAUCUCCCUUUACUUGCGGAGGCCCUCGUCCCAGCUCAAGCUCUUGGAUUCACGCGAUUUGAAGAACGAGGGAAGUGUUUUCCAAGACGAACAACACAACCGCUAAAAUUAGCAACUGCAACAUCUCCUCCACCGACUAUACACGCGACCAACCCGAGACAAGUCUCUCCCAAUCCCCGUCGGAAUAGCUGCCAGUUCGCACGAAAUCCCCUUCCUCACACCACCCAACGCCUCCCCCUACCGUACCCCAAAGGCAACUUUGGCAUUUCACAACCGCCAACCGCUCGUCCCAUCAAGCCCCCUCCCCAACUCAAGACCCCUCCCAAGCAAAUCCCAGGUCCGACAACGCCACCCAAUCCCCCAUCCGCCGACCCCAUGACAUCCCUCUCCUCCUCCCUCUCAAACCUCUCCCUCACCCACCUAAACGACCGCAUCCAAGACCUCUCUUCCCACCUCGCCAACUUGGACCUAUCGUCCUCCUCAAACACCUCGCAGGCUCGUAGCUCCGAGACUUCGAAACUGAAAGCCUCAUUGACGACGUGUGUCAACGAGAUCGAAGCCCAGCUCUCCGCGCUCUGUCUAGCGUCCCCGCAGGAAGAAGAGAAGGACCAGGUACUGAAGAGGAUGAGGGAUAUGGUAGGUCAAGGGUCGUGUCUUCGGAAUCCUGCAGCCGGAAAUGCGCAGGCAUGUGCUCAAGCCUCAUCUUUCCCAUCUGCACCGGCAGGAACGGACACAGGAACAGGCAUGAUGGCGACUACAGGACCAGGCCACUCCCACCCCUUCCACCCCUGCAUUCCCGUUCCUACCACUCCCUCUCACCCUUCCACCACACCCAUACCCAUACCCCAUAUGCACAGCAGCUCCAUCUCCGACACCGAACUCGCCGCCCUAAAAGCCCAAAUCGCCCACCUCCAGACCCGCCUCGCUCAGCUCCAGCAACAAACCCAGCACCUCCGCGACGACACCAACAAGGCCAUGUUGCUGGCGCGCUGGCUGCAGGGAGCGCGCUUGAUGCAUGGCGGGGCCGCGGUGCUGCAUCCGGCGUUGGAGAUGGUGCUGGUGUUGUGGGUUGGGGUGUGGGUGGUCAAGGGGUUGGUGGGGUUGUUUGGGUGA